AUGACCAUGCUGUUGGACGGCGGGCCUCAGUUCCCCGCGCUGGGCGUCGGGGGCUUCGGAGCGCCCCGCCACCACCCGCACGACGUGGCGAACCCCGCCGCCGCCGCCGCCGCCAUGGGGCUCAACCACCCGUUCGGCGACUCGUCGUUCAAGCUCAGCCCGGCGGCCCACGAGCUGGCGUCGGGGCAGGGCUCGGCGUUCACGCCCCAGGCCUCGGGCUACCCGCACCCCCACGCGCACCCGCACCACCCCCCUCCGCACCCGCACCACGCCGGCCAGGUGCCUUCGCCCUACGCGGCCGCGGCCGCCGCCUUCAACUCCACGCGGGACUUCCUCUACCGCAACCGCGGCGGCUCGGCCCUGGGCGACGCGCCCGCCUCGGGAGGGGGCUCGGCCGCCGUCGCCGCCGCCCAGCACGGCCUCUUCGGCAGCAACCCGACGGCCGGGCUCCAGCCGCCGCCGCCGCCGCCGCCGGGCAUCGCCGACAGCCCCGGCGGCUACCUGCUGUUCCCGGGCUUGCACGAGCAGAGCGGCGGGCACCCUUCGCCCACGGCGGCGCACGCGGACAACGGGCAGAUGCCUCUGGGCUUGCGGGGCGACUUGUUCUGCCGGCCGGAGACGUACCGGGGCGUCUCCAGCCCCCGCGCGGACGCUUACGGGGCGCCGGCUCAGUUCCACAACUACAGCCCCAUGAAUGUGAACAUGGGCGGCCUGAAUGUGGCGGCCGCGGCGGCGGCCGCAGCGCACCACCACCACCACCACCACCACCACCACCCGCACCACCACCACCACCACCCCGGCGCCGGUGCCUUCUUCCGCUACAUGCGGCAACCCAUCAAGCAGGAGCUGUCGUGCAAGUGGAUCGACGAGGCGCCCCAGCCGCCUCCGCCUCCGCCUCCGCCGCCGCCUCCGAGCCGCUCGAAGAAGAGCUGCGACCGGACUUUCAGCACCAUGCACGAGCUGGUGACCCACGUCACCAUGGAGCACGUCGGCGGCCCCGAGCAGAACAGCCACAUCUGCUUCUGGGAGGACUGUCCCCGCGAGGGCAAGUCCUUCAAGGCGAAAUACAAACUGGUCAACCACAUCCGAGUCCACACGGGCGAGAAGCCCUUCCCCUGCCCCUUCCCGGGCUGCGGGAAAAUCUUCGCCCGGUCCGAGAACCUCAAAAUCCACAAAAGGACGCACACAGGCGAGAAGCCCUUCAAAUGUGAAUUUGAAGGCUGUGACCGGCGUUUUGCAAACAGCAGUGAUAGGAAGAAACACAUGCAUGUCCACACAUCAGACAAACCAUACAUUUGUAAAGUCUGUGACAAGUCCUACACUCACCCCAGCUCCUUAAGGAAGCAUAUGAAGGUCCACGAAACCCAGGGGUCAGAGUCCUCCCCCGCGGCGAGUUCCGGCUACGAAUCCUCCACACCCCCAGCCAUCGCUGCUGCCACCACAAGCAAAGACUCUUCCAAACCUCCGCCUUCUACCCUCCAGACCACCAAUCACAGCCACAACCCCGGAUUGCCCCCCAACUUUAAUGAGUGGUACGUCUGAUUCACCUCUCUACAAGCAAAACCACCGGGUUGGACCAAAAGGAUUUCUGGUGACAUCAACGGACACCAAAUUUAUUUCCCUAACCUGCCAUUGGAGUUUACAGG